AUGCAUCGCCCUGGCAAGCCGCCCGAUAUGCUGCUCGAGUCGACGCUCAUGCUGCUAGCGCAGCGCUGGUCGCAAAAGAGCAAGUGGACCAGGACGCAGCUCAUGGACAAGAUCUACGAGGUCGCGCAGGCGGUUGGCAAGGACCAGGGCGCCCUUCAAUCCCUCAGCCAUAAAAAGCUCGUGGAAAAGCUGACAGAGCUGGCGCGCACCUACGCCGACGUCGUCGAGGAACGAGACGGAGACCUGACCAGCGUCAACUUCCCGCUCGAGUCGCUUGCCCCUGUGAACGGCGAGUUGUGCGCGGGCGAGCUGCGCGAGCGGGAACGCGAGGAGGUCGAGGACGGCGACAAGAAGGCCUUCCUGUUUGUGCCGCUCGAGUCGGAGUCGGACUCCGACGUGGAGGCGACGCCGAUCAAGCUCGACGCCGAGGACGUGCUGGAGAGCAUCAUCUGCAACGCGACGCAGUCCAUCCUCUGCGACAACUUCGUGCAGCUACUCCAUUGCCCCGGCUACGACCUGCGCGUGGGCAGCGUUGUAAACACGAAGCAGCACUUCGCUAUUACCACCGCUGCGCAGUGGCAGCACGCCGUCUCCAAGAAGAAGCUCCACCUGGUCUUGGGAGCAGACAAGGUGCUGGACGCCGCGGCGGCAGCGAGGCAGGAGGCAGAUGGCCGCGCUGACCAGCUAGGUCUGCGAGCGCCGCGAGAGGCGAGAGGAGCGCUCGCCGAUCCCGGCAAUGCUGCAGCGGCCGCGGAGCGGACGACGCGGCCGGAGGUUCAGGGUGUGCGAGUGGAUCCCGCCGAUCGGCCGGCGCACCGCGGGUCGCCACCGCCGCGGCUCCGAGCGCGUGUAUCGACCGCGCAAGACUCCAGGGCCGUGUGCGGGGAUGAACUGGCCCGCUCGGCGGCUGAGCUCGUGGCCAAGCACACCUUCCUCGGCCCGUUGCUUCCGCCUCCUGCGUUUGACGUGCCGAGCGCCCUCCGGCGGCUGUCUCUUCCUCCGCAGCUCCAAGGGCCUGCCACCCGGCCGGGCAUCCGCAGCGAGAGCCUGGCCGUCGGUCGCGCGCUCGGUGGGGUCGACAAGGCGACCGCAGAGCGCUGGCGAAUCAUCGCCGGCCGACCGGAUCUGCUCGAGAGCACUGCUCGCGCCGUCCAAUCCGUGCACAUCUUACCCUUCGCCGGCAACCGGGCGAGCUCGCGGCGCGCCACUCGCUUCAUCGUGCCGAACGGACACCGCUCCCUGCUCAAGCCAGACACGCCGCGCUGGGCGCUGCUGACCGCCCUCGCGCGGUGCUUCGUCCGGCAGCAGGACGAGGGAGAGCGCGAGCACCUCGCGCGCUGCUGCCGCUUCGACGCGUGGGCUUAUCAGGCGCCGCUCGACAAGCCGGCAAUCGCGCUGGUGAUCCUGCUCAUGAUGGCGUGCUACGCGGAGACGGAGCCCGAAUUUCCGCCGCUUGAGCUGUCGCUGCGGGUCAGAGACGGCAUCCGCCCCGAAGACGACAGCCACGCGUCGCGCGACCCCACGGCCUACUGCCUCAUGGAGAACUGCCGGCACUGGGUGCGACGCACGGAGGUGGACCAGCUGUUCGCACAUCCCCACCCGUGCUGCCCGCUGUGCGGCGGUGCGGUGAGUUUCGCGUGGCAGUGCGGGGCGACCGAGGUGAUCUUCCCGACGCGUCGCUCUUCAGCAGCCGAGGACGGAGGUAAUCAGGACGAGUCCCAAGAGCUCGCCUGAGCGAAAUCCCGCCCCAGACUCACUCAGUCACUCUCAGCCGCCAAACGACAGCGUUCGUUCGCAAGAUGCUGCCUGUGCGCAGCGCCGCUAUGUUGAGCCG